GUUGCCAGAGAAGGACGUACGUACGGAUAUACGUUCGUAACGGGAUUUUAUUAUUAUUCUCUUCUUAUUACACAAAGUAAAAAAAGAAAAAAAAAACAAGAAACAGAAAAAACACCAAUAACAAAGAAAAUCAAAAACACAACAAAAUAAAAAAAAUAACGAAAACAGAUAAAAAAAACGAAAACACAAAUGUUGAAUUGAAGGGAGCAGCAUUAAUCAAGAAAAAUACAUAACAACAACAAAACGCAAUAAAUAAAUAAAUAUAAAGCGAAACGACAAAAACGUGCUAAUCAUUUUACAGUAAACCGAAAAUCGUCUUUUAAAUAAUGAAUGAAUUUAUAACGAAAAAAUAACAACAACAACAGAUGUAUAGCAAAUAAUUGUUCUUUCAAAAGUGUGUCGUCGUCUCAUAUUUUUUUAUAAUUUUUUUUUUAAUAAUUUAUUUAAGUGUUUAAUUUUUUUACGGUUAAUUUGUGGUGUGUCAACGAAAACGAAAAUGUGACGAAAAUAUAAAUUGUGUAAUUAUUUAUUUUAUAAUGAGAAAAAAAUAAAAUAAAAUAAAAUAAAAUAAAAUAAAAUAAAAAAAGGAUCUAAAAAAAUUUCAAAGUGAGAAAAGUGCACGCGCAAAAUUCUUUCAAUGAAAUUCGAGUGAACGGAAAUAAAUAACAAGGAUAGCAAAGAGAAUGUGAACAAAUAAUACAAAGAGAAAGAGAGCCAAAAAGAGGUUAAAAACCAUAUCCUUUGACCAUCUCACACAACGGCAGACAAAUGUGAUAAUUAAGGAUAUAACCAAAAGCAAAAAAAAAACACAAACAAACGAAUAUAACCCGAAAAAGGAUGCCUUUUGGCAACAACAAGAGCUAAAAUAAGCCAUUUUCACACAAAGCCAGCCAACAAAAGGAUCCCACAACCCAAACAUAUCAUUAACACUGGAAAAGGAUACAUAUAGAUUUUUUUUAUAUUACACAAAUACACACACUCACACAAAUACCCCAGUCCCAGAAAAGUUGGCCUAAAUAGGGAGCCACCAAAAAAAAAAAAAAAAAAAACACAGCAAAUGUCCUUUGGGUCUGGGAACCAAGAAAAAGCAAACCACCAGUCAAGGGGGAUCCUUGGAGUUAAGGAAUUUUGUGAAUGGGAAAUUUAUGUGGAGAGCAAAACUAAAACCAAAAGCUAAGGGUCCUUUAAGUAUUCUGCCUAAUAUAGUGGUGGUCCUAUCACAACAACCCCCAGGGACAAGCAGAUUUUGAACCGACAAAUUUUGAGGAAACACAAACAAAGACUUUUGUUUCUCUGGCAGGACUCCUGGAAACUAUAAAAGCCAAUAGCAUCAACAAGGAUUGCCGUUCCAUUGUUGGCCUCAAGGACACAUCAACGUCAAAUCUUGUCCCCCCCGCCACCACCAACUAAUCAUCAGCCAGCCAACGGAAUGUAUGCCCCAAUAGAGCAACGAUAUCGGCCACAUCAUCAUCAGAAACAGCAGCAAAGGACAAACGAACGACUUUAUUAUGGCUUAAAGUGGCAAGCGAAACCAUAGACAACAACAGAGCCACAAGGAAUUCCUAAAAAAAAGGAGGAGGAGAAAGGGAAAAUGCCAACGUCAUCAUCACAAUUCCAAAACCAAUGAGGCGAAACGUAUAGGACGAGAAAAAAACAGCAACCAAACAAAAGGAGGAUAAAGGAAAGCUCCAAACCAACCACCGCCACACACACACACCCACUUGCGGAGCAACAAACAAGUCCUUGACAGGAACAAGAGAAGAAAAAAAAAACAAAACAAGGAAAAGGCAGGAAUAACAGAAAAGGAGCCACUGUUGCUUUUUAAUAGCAAAGAUACUCCCCCACACACACACACAUCUCCACCACCUCCUUCCCCUUCCCCUCUCAUGAUGCUGAGAGGGAUACAUUAAAAAGCAGAGAUGAUUCUUAAUUGAAUGGGGACUUUCGUUUUUCAUAUUUUGCCACACGAGGAAGAGGAAGCACGCCAACAGCCACAACAACAAAGCCAAGAAAAUCAGCAGGACAUAAGAACAAAACAACAAAAAUAAAAUCCUUAUUUUCUCCCCCCCACCAAACUCCAGCUCCUUCAAUGAGCAACAAUAACAACAACAAGAGAUUAUAAUCUUCAGCAAAUAUUUCUCAAGGAGCAGCAGCGGAUUCCUGCUCAACAGCCAAGCAACCCAAAGUCUUGGGGAUUUCUUUUUUCAAAGGCCACCCCCCACCUCACUCAGCAGGUUGAUUUAUUGAAGGCAUACACUUUAGAUAUAUUUACAUAUAUAUUGAGAUAUAUAAGUAUAUAUACGAACACAUACACCCGAACCCGCACACACACACAUAUUUUUUAAUUGGAAUAUAGCAGUGAACACAAGGAGCAGCAGCCGGCCAGCCAGCCAGUAAAAAAAAGGAAAUAUGGCCAGACGCAAAGGAAGCGGAAGAGGAAAAUCCACAGUAAAUUCACGCAGUAAAUCUACCUUGGAAAAUGCACGUGAAAAACUAAGAGAUGAUCCUGGCGGUACAAAAAAAGAUCAGACGGAAACGGUAACGAAUCUUAGCAAUAUGGAAGCUACAACAGCAACAACGCCAGCAGCAACCACAACAACAAAAUAUUAUAACAAAACGAAGCUUCAACAACAGAAUAACAAUAAUCAACAGUUACCACAAAAUAAAAGUACAACAGCAACAACAAACAGCGGUAAGAAAGCCCAACAACAACAACAAACAUAUCGUGAUUUAGAAGAUAGGCAAGAACCACAAAAGAAAUUAACAGCAAAGCAAGCUAAACAAGCUGCCAAAUUGGAAGCUCAACAGAAGCAGCAACAGCAAAAUGUCAAAAACGCUGAUAGCCAGCAACAGCAGCAGCGACAACAGCAACAACACAACAAAAAUGUUUCCAAAACGGUAACCUCGUCCGUUCUGGAAAAGGAGAAAAGUAUAACUAAUUCAAAUUUACCUGCCACCACAACCAACAUUGCACCACAGCAACACCAACCAACAACAGCAACCACCACCACCGCCAAUAAUGCCAAUAAAAAUAUUAACAACAAUCUAAAUGUUGCUAAAUCCUCCACCAGCGCCUCUGUCACGACCACAAACAACAGUGGCAGCAACAUGGAUUAUGUGAAUAGCAUUAGUAAUAGUUCAAAUUUCAAUAAAAGUGAUACUACAACUAGCAGUAAUAGUAAUAAUAAGGAACAAUUAUCAAAUCCAACACCGAACAGCACUAGUGAUAAUUUCAAUAGCGCUGGCCCUGGUACUGGCACUGGCGCCACAGGGUCGGACAAUAACUGGAGUAAUUCCAAAUAUCUACACAAGAAAUUCAAACGCUUGGCAAGUACAACGGAAACAGAAGGGGGCGUGGGACAGGAUGCAGAAAAGCUGAGAACCACCUCAAUAUCAUCGGCCAGUUCAUCAGUGUCAUCGCCGCCACCACCACCAUCAACUCCGGCAUCAGCAAUUGUACAGCCUCAAAAUGAAACAACGAAACCUGCCCAUGAAACCAAUCAGCAGCAGCAGCACCAUAAUUUACAAAAUGGCUAUUUGAUUCGACAGGAAGUGGUGGACAAUGCUGUUUUACAAAAUAAAAUCUUGCUACAAAUGGCCCAACAGCAACAGGUGGUGGCCAACAACACGUCCACGUCCAAUAAUCCUGCAGAGCUAUCAAAUGGCCCCAAUUCGUCUGCCUCGUCGGCGACAGCUACAAAUGCCAGUGGUGGCAGUGGUCGCUAUAUUUGUCCCUAUUGCAACUUAAGCUGUACCAAACCAUCAGUGCUACAAAAACACAUUAGAGCCCAUACCAAUGAGCGUCCUUAUCCUUGUGAUAUUUGUGGCAUUGCCUUUAAAACCAAAAGUAAUCUUUACAAACAUUGCAGAUCUCGUUCCCAUGCUGCACGCCAGAAAGGCAUUGAAGUGCCACCCGAUGCCGAUGAUGGUCUAUCAGAUCAAGAUGUGGACCCUGAGUUAAGUAACAGCAGUUCGGAAAUGCUAAGUCGCACGGAUUCUCCCAUGGAGGAUGUUGCCAUAGUCUCACAAAUACAACAGCAGCAACAACAAAUGAAUGAACCUCAUACGCUGAUACCGACGCCCAUGAAUUCAAAUUCCUCAAUUGGAGCCUCGCCGUUACCGUUACCAGCAUCACCUGCCUCUCGCGGGUCUGCCCAUCAGGCGGGAACCCAACCGCAGCCAAGUCCCAUAGCGCAUCAACAACAACAGCAACAGCAUCAAAGUCAAUUGCCCUUGGGUUCACCAGCAGCUGGAACUUUGGCGCCAACCAGUGCCACAAUAAACCAAAAUAAUGUUGGCGGCAGCAACAGUUCCGCUGCUAAGCAAGCCAUCGAUUAUAAGCCAUAUAAACCAAAAUUUCAUAAUGCGGCCUUGUACAACUCGCCAAAAGAGGCUGCAGCAGCAGCCGCUGCUGCUGCCACCACAAACAUUGUAUCUGCGGAAACUAAUCCUACGCCCGCAGCUAAUACAAGAGGGGAAUUUGUGGCAACAUCACAACCCCCACCUCAAACUAAACAACCUGAAAUGGGAAUUGUAGCCGGAUCUACCGGUGUAUGCCUGCCACAGGCUCUGAAUCAUCAGCAAUACCAACAACUCUUAAUUGAAGCACAAAAAUAUGCUUCGUCCCAAGUUGGCCAUUCACCGGCCGCGCCAAUUGGAGGUGGAUCAGCAGCAGGAGGAGGAGGCCAGCCACCCUCCUCUGUACAACACCAACUUCAUCAUCAUCCCACAUUAUCCCCCAGCACCCAAAUCAAAUUAAAUAAUCACAUUAGUAGUCAUCAGCUGCAGCAGCAAUUGCAACAGCAACAACAACAACUGCAUCAAUUGGCCCAAGCACAAGCAGCACAACAUCCACAUCAUUUGUUGGCUCCACCUCCCGCAAAUGCUCUGUCAUUGCCCCUGGCAGCGGCUGCAUAUUAUUUGGGCCCGCCACCUGGAGCCUUUUACAAUCCCAUGACUGUGGCCCAUCAACAGGCCUUUGCUUCGUUGCAUUUAAUGACGCAACAAGAGCAACAACAGUUCCGUCACCAGUUACAAUUGCAACAACAUUUGCAGCAACUUCAACAUUCCGGUGUCAUAACACCAGCGACAGUGGUGGCUGCUCCCCAGCCUCCACCACCUCCGUCUCAGCCCACACCUUUAAUCGCUGUUGCACAAUCUGGACCACAAACUGCCUCCUCUCCAUCGCCAGGGCAAAAUCACAUUAAAACACACACACCGGUAAUGGGUAACACCGGAGUCGUAAGGCCCACCCCGACCAGUGUCAACAACACCGCACUACAUCUUUCUAAACCUAGUCCAGCUGCAAUACCUGCCACCAAUGUUCCGCAACAGAGUCCUUUACAUUAUUUGGCCAGUGCUGCUUUAAACAGCCAACCAGUUGCAACCGUUGCAAAUAACAAACUAGCGGGGGAAAUUGUAUCGUCGGAACCAUUGCAACAGCAGCACCAAAUGUCAAAUAACGGCGGUCACCAGCGUCCUAAUGCAAAUCACAAUUCACAAAAUUCAAAUAAUGCCGGAGAAGUACCUUUGAACAAGGAAAACCUUCAUGAGCGCAUCAACAAAAUCAUAUCCCAAAAUGAGGCUAUUGUUGAGAACAAGGAACUGUUGCUACAAAAGAAAUAUCCAAAAACCUUAAAUCGUUCACGGAGUUUUACAAAUGCCAAUAACUCGGCUGCGUCUGGAUCUUCGGCGGGUAGCACGCAGACGUUGCAAAGCACAACAGGUGGACCACCGAGUGAAUCGCCGACAAAUGCCAAAUUGGCUCAGGUUAUAGUACAAAAGCAGCAAUUACAACAGCAGCAGCAACAGCAACAACAAUUGCAGCAACAACAGCAGCAAUAUUUAUACCAACAACAAUUACAACAACAGCAGCAACAAAUGCAAAAGCAGAGGCACAUGUAUUCUGAAAAAGUGAAUAUGGAAGAUGUUGUUUUACCCCUGAAUGGGACCUCUAAAAAUGUAAUGUCCAAACACCUGCCAAAUCAAUCGCAAACCCAAGCCCUUCCACCACAAUCCAACCAGCCACUAGCAAAUCAGGGUCUACACCCUUCCCAAAUGCAUCCAUAUCGUGGACCAAACUCUACGACAAACACCCAAGCUAAUUCCCAACAUCAAACUCCUGCCUCUACAAAUAGCCCUGCCAUGGCAAAUGUGCCCCUAAAUCUAUCGGCAAAAUCCAAGGCCCCGAUUGUUGUGGAGGAACGGAUUGAUUUGUCAACAUCGAAACAACCCCAAGGUCCACUGCCACAACAGCCGCCGCCAGCUACACCGCGAAAGCGACACUCCAUAGAACAAGCCAGUCAACCAACUGCCAUAGUAAAUCCGGUCGCCUUGAAUGAGGCCUCAAACUCUUCGAAUUCUAAUUCACAAGCUGCACAUCAAGCCACCGCCGUCGCCUCCUCCUCCAGCUCAGCACCAGCAGCUGGCAAAUAUGCUCCCAAUCAUUCCAUUAUCAAAAAUCUACUACUUAAUGCCCGCGGCUUGGCAGUUCCCAUGGGCGAAGGAGAAGAUGCCGUUUACAUAUGUCCCCUGUGUUCCACGGAAUUCCGCACCGCCGAAGAUUUACAAUUGCACAACAGCGCAUAUUGUCAGGGCAAUAAUAGUAGUGCAAAUUCUCCUGCCUCAUCACCAUCACACAAAUAUUUUCGCUCCAGUUCGAUACAUUCUCUGAAUAUGAGCGAUCUGAAAAUUCUUUCCAAGAAUCCCUUGUCUUUGGCCAAAUUGGCAUGGUCCCAAUUGAAGAUAAAGCCCAGUAAUUUGGUGCUCGAUCGCUUGAGUGCAUCGCAGGCGAACACAUCGAAGAGUAAUAGUAGCACAACAACCUCGGAAACCUCUACCCAGCCAAGCUGUUCCACAACAACACAAUUGGCUGCUGGCACCAGCAAUUCCACACUGGCCAACCAAUCGACAUCAACCAGCAGCAGCAACAACAGCGGUGCAACGGCAGCGAAAUCUCAUUUAGCCCUCAAUGAUAUACCAAUUAGAUUUGUUGAUGCCCCCUUGCCCUCACCAGGACCGCUAUUGGGUAAAACCCCCUUAGUUGACUAUACACCCAAUGACACCAAACACAAAUCCGAGGAAGUGAUCAUUACCAAAAUGCACGAUGAUCGUAUGUAUACCAAUAUGAACUUCAACGAACACCAUCAUCAUGCAACAGUUGUGGCCUCCUCCGCCUCCUCAUUGGCCAUCAAUAAUAAACGUUUGAAGUUUGAAACAUCUGCCAACAACAAACGCCUAACCAACAUUACCAGCGGUGGAGAAAUGCAACCCCUAAACCCCCUCGAACUCUCUAAAAAGGAAGAACGUUUAAAACGUUUUACCUCCUCCGGUGGCUGUAUGAUACCAUUGUCGGAAUGUGAUGAUGUCGACAAAAGUCCAAAAAUGAUAAGAACUCCACUGCUGUCAGGAGGUAGUUUCCAAGAAGUCUCACCUAAAAAGGAAACGAAGUUGCCUGUGCCGCUCAUCCAAGGUGCUCAGCUGACACCAAAACUAGCGCUGGGUUUGUCCACGUCGUCUUCUGGACCCCAGCAUUUUCAAUUCCCUCCCAUAAAUCAAAUAACAGCCUUCAAUCCGUUAACUUUGCCGCUAACGGAAAAGGUUAUUCCCUAUGUACCGGGUAUACCUGGACCCAAUAGUCUAACGCCACAAAUGCAUUUGGCACAACAGCCGCAGCAGCAACAACAGUUGCAUUUACAAGUGCCGCCCCAGCAAAAGCCAAGGACUGUAAGUCCAAACCGCAAACUAGCAUUGAGCCCCAAUGAACCGGGAACUUCCUCCAAUAAAUCCGUGACAACAUUUGGUGGGGUACAAAACGUGCCAAGUGAAUUCUCGAAGGCUCCACCCACAGCCAAUAUGCGCAAUGUCAAAAAUUGGAAUUCCACCAGCGGCAGCAGCAGCAACAAACUAAAUUUGCCAGUAGCUGCAGCUGGCGGAGAAGUAAAACAGUCAUCAAAGUCGUUCAAUUUUUUGCGAAUGGCUGAUAAUUUAAGUCCCCGCAAAUUAAUGGCCGAAACCGAGACCAGACAUUUCAAUUUGGAACGUGUGGCCAAGGAUCAGUUGAAUAUACAACAGCCUACAUCUGUUUCAAAUAUUGGUGGUGCCCAAGCACUGUCUCCCACGGCAGCUACUUCAUCAUCAACGCUUACACCCCUGCAUGUGGAUACCAGUCCCGGUCAGGUAGGCCCAAAUGAAUCGGCGAUAAUAAUGGAAAGCAAACCUAAAUCCAAGUUCUUGAGACCAACCAGCUUGCCACUAAGGCCAGGCACAUUUACACCCAAACGUCACCAUGGCAUAACACCUACAGCCAACACCUUGCCUCUGAUAUCGCCCGAAACACCAAGACCCUCAAAGGAAUGUGUACAAUUAUAUUUGAAUGGCAAUUCCUACACCUAUUUGGGUCUGAAAUCGAGUACGAAAACAUUCUAUUGCACCCUCAACUGUCCACAGCCCUCGUACGUCCAAGACAUGCAUAAGUUGUCAAUGUACAGCAUGUGGCAACAGUGUGCCGAAAACAAUCCCCAUCCCUUGGGCUUGAAACCCAAAGAAGUUAUGUCUUUGUAUGAUUCCAGACAAAAGGUGCAAAUCUACAAUAUGGCUGAGAGUAAGAAGCUGGCCUACACCGUGGUGGAUGCCCAGCAGAUGGUCAUGACGCCCUUCCUAAGUAGUCAGGAUAAAUUUUAUCAUCAUCAAUUGAAACGCGUUGCUGUCAGUGAAGAAGAAUCAGCUGCCAAUAAAGAAGAUAAUAAAUCGACUGCUGUUGAGCACAGAGAUUCCAGCCAAAUGUCAAAUAAUUCCGCCUCAACAUCCUCCUCCUCUUCGCAAACUCUGGUCGGUGGUUAUGAGUCGAACGAAAACUACACCUACAUACGCGGAAGGGGACGUGGCAAAUACGUUUGCUCCGAAUGUGGCAUACGUUGCAAGAAACCUUCAAUGCUUAAGAAACACAUCCGUACCCACACCGAUGUAAGGCCCUAUACCUGCAAGCAUUGCAAUUUCAGCUUCAAAACCAAGGGUAAUCUUACCAAACAUAUGCAGUCUAAGACCCACUACAAGAAAUGCAUUGAAUUGGGUCUCAACCCAGGCCCCAUGCCAGCCGAUGGCGAGUUUUUGGAACCUGAUAUGGAAUUUGACCAGCAAUCAUCCACGUCGGCCGGUGGUAGAACUUCCUCUAUGGGCAAUGCUGAAUCGGAUACAGAUGGCGAUUCAAGUGAUAACGAAACCGAAAGCAGCAAUGAAUCGGAUUCAGCUGCAGUUACCCGGUCGAGUGUUCCCAGUUCUGUGGCACCACCAAGUAUAACAGUUAAUGCUGCCAGCGAAGAUAACAAAUCACAUUUGGAACAUGAAGCAGCCAGAUGUUUGCUCUCGCUAUCAAUGACACCUCCCAUACACAGCCAGUCCACAGAAACGUCUGCCCAAAUGGUGGUGACAACUGUAAUGGCAACAUCCGCCACAGCCACGACAACAACACCAUCUGCCAUACGACGAGUCAUCUCCUAUACAUCACCGAAGCCGCCAUUUGACUAUCAGAAACAAGAGCAAUACUAUUCGAAUCCCGAGGAGGCUAUGCCCAAAAAUAAGGCAAUUAAUAAUUUCGAAGCAGCGCCAAUGGACCUAACUAAGCCGCGUAGCUCGGAUGUGAGUGUUACAACAGUAAACUCUCUGCCGGCGACAGUAUUGGUCCAUGCAUCUUUACCGAAUAGCAGCAGCAACAACAAGCAACCAUCUUUGUCCUCAUUACCAGGUCCCGUGCAAACACAGGCCCAAAUUGACGAUGUCAUUUUCGGUGGUAAUCGUGACGAAUCGGGGCUCCUCAAAACAAUGAUAUCGGUUUCAUCCAAAGUGGCCCGCAGUCAACCUGGCAUCUCUGAGGAGGUAAGGAAUCUCAAUGAAGAUAUGAUGUUGUAUGAUUAUCGUCGUGAACAAACCCUGCAAUAUAACAAAAUCAAACAGACCCAAUUGAGUCGAAGUCUGGCCAGUACAGCGAAUGAAGUGGCGACGACAACAACUAUGGCCUCUUCCAAUGCAUAUGUCAACGCUAUGUCAUCAUCGACUGCCACAACGGUUACGCAAGUUUGUUGUAGCAUAAGUUCAGUGACGGCAACAGUGAUAAGUAGUCGGGACUCUGCCAUCGUAUCGAGUGGUGUGACGACAACACCAGCAGUAACCACAGCGGCCAUUAUGGGUGAAAAAAGUAAAACUGAAAUACCCGUGCAAGUGCCAAAAAUUGAAGUCGUUGAGCCUGUGGAGCAAAGUCCACGAACAAAAUCAAAUGAAGUAUCGUCCUCCGCAUUUCAUCCUGCCUCGGUCACAAACGUGGAGAUACGAAAACCACCACCUGCCAACCAGACCAAAACAUCAUCCGAUGAAAGUGAGGAAACCGAUGAUGAACCACCCGCCAAAAAACAUCUGACAAUGGGCAGUGAGGAAAAGAUUUCCGGCCACAAUUCUAAUUUACCUGCGGCGGUCUUGCAGCCAGGAACCACCGAUUUUUCGGGUGUACUUUCGGGAGGAUCAAACAGUAGCAGCAGUGCUGGUGGUGCCUCCUCCCAACUACCCACCCGUACCGUAAUUGUGGGCGAAGAUGGUUUUACCACAACGAACAAUGAAAUAUUACCCGUUCAUCCCAAGGUACCACCUUUGACCAAUGCCGAUGGCCGGCCGGUGUGUUCCAUCUGUUCGAAGACCUUCCAGAAACAACCACAAUUGAUAUUACACAUGAAUAUCCAUUACAUGGAACGAAAAUAUAAAUGUGAUCCGUGUGGAGUGUCUUUUCGUACCCAGGGACAUUUGCAAAAACAUGAACGAUCGGAGGCGCACAAGAAUAAGGUGAUUAUGACCUCAACAUUUGGAGUACCCACGACUUCAAAUCCGCGACCUUUCGAAUGUACCGACUGUAAGAUAGCAUUUCGUAUCCAUGGUCAUUUGGCCAAACAUUUGCGAUCCAAGACUCAUGUGCAGAAACUUGAAUGCCUGCAAAAAUUACCAUUCGGCACAUAUGCUGAAAUCGAAAGGGCUGGCAUAAGUCUAACUGAGAUCGAUACCAGUGAUUGUGAAAACUCACUGAUAUCAUUGCGUUUACUGGCCCAGAAGUUAAUUGAAAAACAUCCCUCCUCAAAAUUGGGUAGCUACACGACACCAUCGGGUGUGCAGGAUAAUAAUUCCAACACAGGUUUGGUGUCACAGGACAGCGCCUCGGAAGAUGGCUUCCAAGCGGCGGCCAGUGCGGCUGCAUCGGCCAUAGCUUCUUUGGAUAAUGAUAGUGCUGCAAAUACCCCACGGCGGGCCAAUUCCACCUCGGAAGAUGAAAGUAUUGCCAUGGCUUUGAAUAAUAAUUUGAAAAGACGACUGCCCGGCGCCUUUAGCAAUGGUGACGAUAGUGAUAAGGAUAUACAGGAUGACAAACGUCUGAGACAAGAUCUUGGCGGUAGCCAUCAAAUGCAAUCGGCGGCUAGUCCACCAGCAAACUGACAUUACAUUUUCGCCUAUCCCGAAAGAUGAAUAAUGUUUGCAUCGCCCCCAUCAUCAGCAUCAUUAUGACAAACGGCAACAGCAUCAGGUCUAUUUGAUAGCACCCCAAAGCCUAUUAUGUACAUGAAAAGUCCACAAUAUCAUAGGCAAAACCCCAAGAAGGAGGCAAUAAUUCAAGAUCAUACAAAUAUUUUGCCAUACACAAAUACCAGUUACCAACAGAAUUAUCAUACUCAAUAUUGUCAUUUGUCGACUUCCCCACCGUCAGCAACACUGAACCGCUAAAACUUGUUGAAUAACCCACUGUUUCUUUUUUUACCAGAAUCACAACUCUCAGGACCAAAUUUCCUUAUUACACAAAAACUUUAACAACAAUCCAAAAAUAAAAAAUAAAACAAACGAUGAAACCAACUCUCUACUCAUCAUAUCCCUACAAACAUAUCGUGUUGAACAAGAACAUUUAUAUAGAAAAAAAAAUCAAGGCUUUAAGCAUCUCCUUUAAAAAAUAAUAAAUUUAACAAGUUUUGGCUGGUAUUACUUGGGAUAAAAUGUCAUACACUCACCCCCACCACCCACCCCUUUUCUAAAAACAAAUCAACAAAUAUAUUUGAUAUGUAUAACUAUCAAAAAACAAAGCUAACAGAAAUAUAUCAAAACAUUUACACAAACACUUUUACAAAAACCUCUCUCCCCCCCAAAAAAAAGAAAAUUGAACCGGAAAAAUAUAUCAUUUUUGUAAAAAUGCUAACAAAGUAUAUUUCAAUAUUCUUAGUCUAUACUGUACAUUAGAUACUUGAUAACAAAUACUUUAUAAACUAUAAAAUUAAACUGUGGUACUGUUUUUGUAGAAAAAAUCGAUAGUCAUAAUUAAAAAAAAAAAAAAAAACUAAAUUUGAAAUGUUCCAAAGGGAAUUUUCUGUUUUAUAAAAUAAUUUAUUUUUGUCUAACAAAACAUCUUAAGGCUUCUUUAAAAUGUUAACUAUAUUAAUUUUCCCUUUCAUAUUUUUGUGAUUCAAAAGAAAAAAGUUAAUAAUAACAAUGAAAUAAUCAAUGUUCUUCCUAUGUUUUAUGAAAAUUUUCAAUACUUAUAGAAUUGUUAAACUUUUACUUUGUUUUACUCUUAUAUAUAUAUAUUUUUUUCUUUUUUAAAUACACUAAAGUUUAGUUUAAAAAAAGGAUUACAAGAAAAAAAAAAAAAAACCAACGAGACUACGAGACUCAUAUAUAAAAAACAUAUUAUUAUUUUAUUUUUAAACAACAAUUACACUGAGCUGCAAGAAGAAUAAUAUGUUCAAGAGGUGACCAGAACAAUGUGGAUUUUUUAGGAUUUAUUCUUAAUGUAUUUUUUUAGAUUUAUUCUCAUUGUCUUUUCCCAGCUUCCAUGCAAUUUCUCUUCUUUUGUUUACUAUUUCAAAUGAAAAACUAGGAAAAGAAAGUGGACUGUAGAGAAUUUCAUGAAUUAGUAUCAAAUAUAAUUGGUCUUUACUUGGCUAAUUUCUGAUUAUACAGUUUCUGUUAAAACUACACCAUGAAACCCCUACCUUAAACUUCUAAAUUUUUAAAUAUCCUCUUUUCUGCAGCUUUGUGUUAUUAUUGCCUUUUUAAAAAUUGUGUUUACAAAUUCGUCAAAAAACAA